GGCAGAACAUUGCAUCUCAGUCCAAGUCAUUCUCUUUGAGGCAGGCAGAUCUCCUGAGCAAUCGUCACCAUGACCAGCAGUUAUUCCACCUACGGGAGAAGCUCCGUCAAAACCAGCAUGGGUGGAGGCAUGGGUGGAAGCAUGGGUGGAGGAUUUGGUGGGGUGCAAAGGAGAUAUGCUUCCAGUGUGAGCGGUUCAGGUGGCGCAGGAUCAAGAAUCUCCGUUUCCGGCGGCGGCAGCAGUUAUGGAGGUGGCAGCAGUUAUGGUUUUGGCAGUGGAGCUGGAGGUGGAGGUGGAGGUGGUUUUGGCAUGGGAGCUGGAUAUGGUUUUGGCAUGGGAGGUGGAGGUGGAGGCGGAGGUGGAGGUGGCUUUGACGCUUCAGCCAAUGAGAAGGCUACCAUGCAGAACCUGAACGACCGUCUGGCCACCUACCUGGAGAAGGUGCGAAAACUUGAGGAGGCCAACUCUGGGCUGGAGCUCCAGAUCCGCCUGUUCUUGGAGAGUAAGACCUCCCCCACUGCCAGAGACUACUCAGCUUUUGAGGCCACCAUCGCCGAUCUGCAGGGAAGGAUCCAGGAAGCCACCAGAAUCAAUGGAAGCAUCUAUCUGUCUAUUGACAAUGCAAAACUGGCAUCAGACGACUUCAGAACCAAGUGGGAGAAUGAGCUAGCCAUGCGUCAAUCAGUGGAGGCUGACAUCGGCGGUCUGAAGAGACUGUUGGAUGAGCUGACACUGGCCAGAUCGGACCUGGAGAUGCAGAUUGAAGGCCUCAGGGAGGAGCUGAUCUUCCUCAAGAAGAACCACGAGGAGGAAUUAGCACUCAUGAGAAACCAGAUGACUGGACAGAUCAACGUGGAGGUGGACGCAGGGAAACAACUAGACCUGUCCCUCAUUAUGGCAGAAAUCCGUGAGCAGUAUGAGGCUGUGGCCGCCAAGAACGCAAAAGACCUUGAAGCCUGGUUCCAAGCAAAGUCGGAGGAACUGAACAAGGAGGUGGCUGCCAGCACAGAAGUUAUCCAAACAACAAGGACAGAAAUUACUGAGCUACGUCGAUCAAUGCAGGGCCUGGAGAUCGAGCUCCAGUCCCAACUCAGCAUGAAAGGGUCACUUGAAGGCACUUUAGCUGAGACAGAGGGACGGUAUUCCAUGCAGUUACAAAGCCUACAGUGCCAAGUGACGGGGCUGGAGCAACAGCUAAUGCAAAUGCGUGCUGACACGGAACGCCAGGGCCAAGAAUACCAAAUGUUGCUCGACAUCAAGCAACGGCUGGAGAUGGAGAUCGCAGAAUACAGAAGGCUGUUGGACGGAGAGGGCGCCAGUGCCAGUGGUUCAGGGUCUAGCAGCAGCAGCACAACCAAGAUGGUGAUUGUCACAGAGGAAUAUGUGGGAAACAAGUUGGUGUCCAAAUCUAGCACCUGAUCUGCCUCGCACAGAAAAAGCAACACAUUGGGCCACACCUGAGGACCACCAUCACAACACAUGAUCCCAACACAUUAUUUGCAUAGACAUGUGAAUGCAAUAAAAGGCUGCCAGUUUGCUGACUAAAA